AUGGCUCCAUACCCAGCGCAGCCUAUCCGAGGCAGGGAAAGAUACCGGAUCAUGAUGGAUAUCCGCAGGUUAGAUGCCCAUAACUGGCUUACCCUGGAUAAGAACUAUAUGGACGAACAUCGAGUCAGAGAUCUUUUGCUUCGUGAGAAGAGGGAUAAAGUCUUGCGAUGCCUACCCGAAUCUCUGGCUUCAUGUCAAGAAACACUGGAAGUAGUCUCGGAGUUCCUUACCGAGCGCUUUCCGACCAUGUUCAAAAAAACAAUUUAUGAGAAUGACACCUGGAUCGAAAAUAUGGCAACAAAAGAGAGAUUCAAUAUUGGUGGCCAGGGGCCAACUGUCAACGGCACAGAUGCUCUGGAGGCGGCAGUUCGGCUCACGAUGGAGGAUCUCAGUGUGUUGAUGAUGAAUGAGGAUGGAGAGUAUUAUUUAUUCCUGGCUCGUUUAUCCCCAACUUCGCCCAUGGAGAGAUCCAACUACUUUGUCGAAGUCAAACGACCAGAUGAAGAUCUUCACGAUAUUUUAUACCGCCCUGGCUCUCUAUGUGAAAAGGAGCUCAGUGAUCCCUCGCCCGACGAAAUCAUCAUUCGUCGUGAGAGACAGACCUUCCGCCGAUUGCCCCGCACAGGGGCCAUUGUAUUCGGCGUGAAGACCUAUUUAACGCCGCUCAGGCAGUUACCGAUGCAACAAUUGGAAAACCUAGCCAAGGAAAUGAAAACAUGGCCAGAUUACGUCAGUCAGUAUAAGGGAAAGGACCUGUGGGGCAAAAAGGUUCUGGAGUAUUAUAACAGACGCCUUACAGAAGCCCAGGGCGAGCCAACAGAGAAAGUUUCUACUGAGGUUUGA